CGCGGGAAAUCUCUCUCUCUCUCUCUAUCCACCUGGCGCGCUCGCUCCCUCGCCAGCGCCUGUUUCUGUUAUCUCGCUGUCCUCCCACCUCCCACCUCCCACCUCCCACCUCCCACCUCUUCCAUCUCGAGUGCCUAAAGCUAAUUACUAAUUAGGGACUGCUCCCCCAUCUUGGGCCCAAUUAGGGGGUGACACGUGGCGGCGGUUUUGGAGAGGGUAAUCAAUCAAAGUCCAAGUCCUAAAUGGAUACGACGCGACAACAACCAGCGGACCCUAAAAAUAGCUCAUCAACGCCGUUCCGACUUCUGCAGGCAGGACCGAGGCCGCGGGAAGUGACCGCUUCGACCGAUCUUCUCUCUCAUUUUCAACUUCGUGACACUUACAAUUCUUUUUCCAAAAAAGAAUUUCAUAAGGUAACCGUUGCUGACUCAGGUUAUCUCUCUCGAGUGGUGGGGGAGACUGAAAUCCGACGUGGCGUCGGGAUGGAGCUUGGUCAGCUGAUUGAUGAACCGGCGGCCUUCACAGAUUCUCUGCACGUGACCGAUCUGCGGCCGUUGGAUUUGGAAUUUCUCCGAGGAGCUUUCACGUUUAAGGAGAAUGCUGCGGUGUUUAUUCCCGAGGCGGAGAAGGGUCUGCCGACGAUCAGUGGGUCGGCAUCGGGCAAAGAGCGCAAGAAGCGGCGCAAGGAGAAGGACAAGGACAAGAGCAAGGAUAAGCACAGGGACAAAAAGGAAAAGGACAAAAAGGACAAAGACAAGAAGGAGAAGAAGCAGAAGAAGAAAAAGAAGAGGCAUAGAGAGGAGAAAGAGCAUGGAGGAGAGAACGGCGAAGAUUCGCACAGGAAACAUAAGAAGAAGAAGCGAAGAGAGGAAGGAGGUGGGGAGGGGAAGGAGGGUGAUAGGGAGAAAAGGAAGAAGAAAAAGCACAAGCAUUCGAAAUCCGGCGAUGCGGAGGAUUCGAAGAAAAAUGGAUGGUAGCGGGGGAACAAGAGGCGCGCUGUAAAUCAUCUUGUUUGUUUUUUUUCCGACGCUCGCAAACAUUUUUUUCCUCAGAUAUCAAGAAGAAUAUCUUGUGUAUCCAGUUAGUUGGCACCUACCUUCAGCUAUUUGUUGCAGUCGGCAGCCUUAUCGCACAUCCGGUUGAGUUCAGCUACCUCAGGUGUUACGUGCAUGUCAAAGAGAUUGAGGAGUGCCUACCGCACGAGAAGCGGCCAACUAUGUUUGAACAGGGCAGGAAGUGAGGAGAGCAUACACAAAUGAAUGGUGGGGCGCUGGAGCAUGAACUGUGUGUGCUCUUGCACAGGUUUAGGGUAUGCACCCGGGCAUGUCGUAUGACAGGUCCGUUUGGUUACUCUCAUCAUAGUCUAGACAGCAGCUAUGCCGUCAUCCCAUUUCCCAUCCGUUCGGUCGAACGUCCGUCCCUCUUUCAUUCAUCUUCCGUCCUCCUCCCUCCUCCUCCUCCUCCUCCCUCCUCUGCCUUCUCCUUGUCGCUUUCAUGCGAUACGGGCACAACGUUUUGUGCCCGUAUGGAGACCGAUCACCGAGUUGGUGUUGUGCAGAACGACGCCUAACAACCCGUUCCCGUGCUGCAGGCCGUACGCUUGCCGAUUUCGACAUCUUGUGUAAUAUUCUUUUAGUUUCGUAACCAAUAAUUCCUUCCCAUGCCCUUGUCCACCACUUUCUUUCAGUGUAUUGUUGUUUCAGUUUUGAUUUUAGCGCCGCGAUCAAGUAGCAAUGUGAAAUCAGGUACCAGCCUAGAACAACU